AUGCAAGAUGAGUUGGACGCGCUCAAAAACUUCGUUGCCGAGUGCCGUGUGAAGCAAGAUGUAGGUCCCCCCUCCCUUUCCCAUGCUUUGGCGAUUAUCGCCCCCGGUGGUCCAGCGUUCACUGUAGGAAAACCCACGUCCACCAUCGACAUUAAUUUGUUCCACGCUUCCACCGGCCACGUGAAUGAAUUUUCGAUGCGGGAAACCGCCAAGCAGCAGGGUGUUCAAUUGGUGGGGGAACUGCAGCCAUGCGUCGGCUGCAUCGAGGCGAAGGGCAGGAGGGCCCCGGUGCCGCGGCGUGGAGUCACCCGCGCGGCGGUACCGUUCGGCAAGGUGCACAUCGACAUCACCGGCCCGUACUCUGAGGCGUUCGAUGGUUCCCGUUACCUGAUCAUGUUCGUGGACAGUGCGUCGCGGUGGCAACUGGCGUACGGCAUGCGGGCCAAGAGCGACACCCUGACGUACACGCGGCGUUUCCUCGCCGACCUGAACGGCAACGGCCCUCUGGGGUGUUUCCGCAUGGACAACGCGGGGGAGUUCACGAGUGCUGCCUUCGUCGCGUUCUGCGACGCCGCUGGCAUCCGGCGCGAGUACACCGCGCCCGACACCCCAGCCGGUGUUGUACCUUCGACUUCGAGCUUCCCGUCCAUCGGUACUGCCGGUGUUGUACCUUCGGCUUCGAGCAUCCCAUCCACCACUUCCGGUGUAAUACCUCAGAAUGAUGUUUCCCCGUCUAUCGAUGUUGAUGUAGUGCCUACGUCAAUCCGAGAUUUUCAGCCUGCCCUAGCCGCAGCCAUCGCCUCAUCCGACGUCCUGUCCCCCUCAGUCGUGAACCCGAAUGUGUCGCGAGAGAUAGAGAUCAUGCCCCUUGAGUCCCAGGAUAAUUUGCCUUUGAUGGACAUGAGUAUGUUCUUGGAUGUAGGCUUGAUGAACGGACAAGACUCGGACCAACCGGGUGACUUUUAUCCCGACCCAUUAGGCGUGUGUGAGUCCGUGAAGCCCCCCGUUGCGUUCGCUGUGAUGCAAGAUGAGUUGGACGCGCUCAAAAACUUCGUUGCCGAGUGCCGUGUGAAGCAAGAUGUAGGUCCCCCCUCCCUUUCCCAUGCUUUGGCGAUUAUCGCCCCCGGUGGUCCAGCGUUCACUGUAGGAAAACCCACGUCCACCAUCGACAUUAAUUUGUUCCACGCUUCCACCGGCCACGUGAAUGAAUUUUUGAUGCGGGAAACCGCCAAGCAGCAGGGUGUUCAAUUGGUGGGGGAACUGCAGCCAUGCGUCGGCUGCAUCGAGGCGAAGGGCAGGAGGGCCCCGGUGCCGCGGCGUGGAGUCACCCGCGCGGCGGUACCGUUCGGCAAGGUGCACAUCGACAUCACCGGCCCGUACUCUGAGGCGUUCGAUGGUUCCCGUUACCUGAUCAUGUUAGGACAGUGUGUCGCGGUGGCAACGGGCAAUGCGGUCGUUGAAAGCGCCAUCUGGCGAGCCAUGAAGGGGGGCCACGCCGCCCGCCGCCACGUCCUCUCCAUGGGCCACUUCGACCUCGCCUCUAUCCCCGGUAUGGACGCCAACAGACACCGGCUGUGGCUUGCAUCGGCGAUCUGGGCCUCCAGCUGCUUCAACCGUUCCGCGACGUCGGCCAACCCGGCCUGGAUGUCGCCGUUCGAGGCCUUCUUCGGACGCAAACCGCCGCUCAAGGUCGUCCCCUUUUUCCAGGAGGGGAUGAUGCGCGUGAAGCGCGCCAGCAAGGCGGACGUCCAAUCCGUUCGUUGCUUCUACCUGCACGGAGCGCGCAACCACUCCGACGCCACUGCCGUCGUACUCCGCGCCGACACCGGAAGGAUCUGCCUGUCCAACAACGUCGUGUGGAUCAACCGCCGCACCGUCGUGCCGGCGCCGGCCAUGGGAGCGGGAGGGCCGGCUGGGGGGCCGGGGGGCAUGCACAUGUUCGCAGCAAUGUUCGCCACCCGCGAGGAUGUGGAAGCCACUCUUCGUGCCAAGCGCCCUCCUGACAAGACGCCGGACCUUCCUCACUGCCUCGCCAGCGACCUCCGAGUGCCGAAAACGUUCAAGGAGGCCAUGCGGUCUCAACAUUCAGAGUUGUGGGAUGAUGCAGUCGGUCGUGAGUUUUUCGGUCUGCUGGAUGCAGGUACUUUUAGUCCGGUGUAGCAACCAGUAGAAAACUUCAUCAACGCCAAGUGGGUAUUCAACUGUAAGGCAGACGAGUACGGAUGGCCGACGAA